CUCUUGAAGUGUAAAUACUAUGAUGAUCAAAAGAAAGAUAAUGAAUAUGGGCAAAGCAGUAUGUUAAGUUUACACAUAUUUUGUCUGUUAAUGUUCAAAAACAAAGUAACUACAGUCUGUAUGUCAUUAAUUUUAAUACUACCAAGCACUCCUCUUGAAUUAAGAAAUGUUUGUAUUGUUUUAGUAUGUGCAUCCAUGUGGAUUAAAAAAAUGGAACACUUCUUUUGCUCAACACUUACAUAGUAAAUAUGGGGAAGACGACAUUUGAUCAUUGUUGAAGCUGUGAUGGGUGUAUGGUUAUGUAACUUUCAUAGCAAUGAACAGUCAGUGAGAUGUUACAUCCUUUUUUGCAGAGCAAAGAACAUAGACCCGCUUUUGAAAGAUUUCCCUACAUGCCUUCAGAUUGAACACACUCACAAUCAUAGUCUGUAUAGUGCUGAUUCUCUACGUCAUAGGGAUGUAAAUGAUGAGACAAUCGCCAAAUUCAAAUGGCUUUUUUCAAAGGGCCACUCUCCAUCUUCAGCACUUGAAAUGCAUCAGAUGGACCUGCAAAUGGAACAUGGAGCCAACUAUAUAUAUCAGGCUGCUGACAGAGCUUUUUGUCCUGAUGUGCAGUUUUGUUACAGGCUGUACAAAAAAGUAUUUGAUGAGAAAUACCCUUCAUCCUCUUCAACCUCUUCAGAACAGCUGAUUGACAGCCUAGAGACAGCUUGCAGGACAUUCAAUGCAGAACUAAAUGGGGAGUUCUGCAAGGUAAAAGAAACAGCAUCAGGGAAGAUAGCCAUAGCUGUCUGCACUCCCCUCAUGAUGAGAGUGCACACACUGCACCGUGCAAGUGGUGAACUCGUUUUUAUGGAUGCCUCAGGGGGGGUGGACAGGUAUGACUUCAGAGUUUUCCUGCUUCUCACUCACAGUGUUGCAGGUGGACUCCCUUUAGGCUGCCUUAUUGUUUCUUCUGAAGCAACAGAAGUAAUAACAGAUGCCUUGUCACUGUAUAAAGAACUUUUGCCCUCUGAUGCUUUUUUUGGAAGGGGUAAUAGAGGACCUCAGGUGUUCCUCACAGAUGACAGUAGUGCUGAAAGGCAGAGCCUGCAAGCUGCAUUCCCUGAAGCAACACUUCUUCUUUGUACGUUUCAUGUACUUCAGGCCGCUUGGCGCUUCCUCUGGGAGGCCCGAAACAACAUACAAAAAGAAAGCAGGCCUCAUCUACUGAGCAUCAUCAAAAAAAUGGUUUAUGCUCAGAGUGAUGAUGAAAUAGUUAAUGUUUAUGAUAAUGCCUGUAGAGAUGAUGUUGUUAGGAACAAUCCCAAAUUCAAACUGUAUUUAGAAAAGCAGUUUGAACGAAAAAGUCUAUGGGCAGUCACUUUUAGAAAAGACCUUCCUGUGCGUGGAAAUAACACAAACAACUACUGUGAAGCAGCUAUGCAUGUUUUGAAAGAUAAAAUCUUCUGCCGCACACGUGCCUAUAACACUCAGCAGCUGCUUGAUUUCUUAUUAACACGGCUUCCUGCCUACUAUGAAAGGCGGCUGUUGAACCUUGCCAAUGGUAGGAGAGAUGCUACAGUUAGCAGACGUUAUUUAUAUGGUACAGAAAAUAUUAAGAGGGAAAUGGUUCAGUCUGUAGGAGAUUUUAUUUUUGAAGUUAAAAAGUGAGAAUGAACAUGGUAAGUCAUACCAAGUAGACAUGAACACAGACAUGUGUUCUUGCCCAAAUGGCAUGACAGGUGCACCCUGCAAGCACCAGCAUGCUGUCAUAAAAUUUUUUAAUGUUUCUUCAUGUAAUAUAUUUCCUAUUAAGGAUAUCAAAGCAAGGAGACAUUUCUUCCAGCUAGCAACUGGACAUGAUAAUAUUCAGGAGGAAUGGUUCCAGCCUCUUGUUGAUAAUCGAGAAGACAUCAUUGAACCGCAUACUUCCAGUACAAAUUUGGAAACUGAAGACACAAAAUUUGAGACUGACAACAACAACAGGAUUGAAGAAAUAUCGACACAUGACUCCGAGGACGAGUUUGACAUCCAUACCACUAACAGACAGAAUGAUGAUAUAAUACAACAAUUAAAAAAAACCAUGGACAAACUUUUAAAAGAAAUAGAAAAUAAUGACGAACUUUUGCCAGCUGCUGACAGUUUUAUUAAAAAAUUUGAAAAGUUAAGAACCACAAGUGCACUGUCGACAGCACUUUUCAAUUUUGGAGAAAACACUGGAGUCUCUUCAGUUGUUCGACGGGGUAUUAUUCCUGUUCAGCCAUCAGCAAUUGCCCGUCGAACAACAUAUGUUGGGGGCAGGCGGUGCUUGCAAAGUGGCAGAAAACCAAUCAAUGCAAAAUUUUCUAAUAAUACAAAAAAGAGAAAUUUAUCAGAAAGCUGUCAGCUCCUGCCAAGAAAAAAACACAAAGCAGC